AUGUUGUCCCGCUUCGCUCGUCAACUGGCACUGCCAGUGUUCAACGGUGUCCUCCAUCCGACCCGUGCAACCAGCUCUAUCGCCCAUACUAUCAAGGUCGCCAAGAAGAUCGAUGAUACCAGAGAGAAAGCUCUUCUCGGUGGUGGAAAGAAACGUGUCGACGCUCAACAUGCUCGCGGAAAGCUGACUGCCCGUGAACGUAUCGAUCUGCUCUUGGACAGAAACACCUUCCGCGAGUACGACAUGUUCGCUGAGCACACUUGCAACGACUUCGGUAUGCAAAAGGAGAAGUAUCCAGGAGACUCUGUUGUUACCGGACGUGGAGAGAUCAACGGACGUACCGUCUUUGUCUUCUCCCAGGAUUUCACCGUCUUCGGAGGAUCAUUGUCUUCAAUUCAUGCCAAGAAGAUCGUCAAAAUCAUGAGAGAGGCUAUGCUCGUCGGGGCUCCAGUCAUCGGACUCAACGACUCUGGUGGUGCCCGUAUUCAAGAGGGAGUUGAGUCUCUUGCCGGAUAUGCCGACAUCUUCCAAGAGAACGUUCUCGCUUCGGGAGUUGUCCCACAAAUCUCUAUGAUCAUGGGACCAUGUGCCGGAGGUGCCGUCUACUCGCCUGCUCUCACUGACUUCACUUUCAUGGUUCGCGACACCAGCUACUUGUUCAUCACUGGACCGGAUGUUGUCAAGGCCGUCACCAACGAAGAAGUCACUCAGGAAGAGCUCGGAGGAGCCAAGACUCACACUGUCACCUCUGGAGUUGCUCACGGAGCAUUCGACAACGACGUCGAUGCACUCAUGAGCCUCAGAGAGCUCUUCAACUAUCUUCCACUUUCCAACACUGACGCUGCUCCAAUCCGUGCUGCUGAGGACCCAUGGGAUAGAACUGUCCCAUCCUUGGACACUGUUGUUCCAUUGGAAUCUACUGCUGCCUACAACAUGAAAGACGUCGUCCACGCUCUUGUCGAUGAGGGAGACUUCUUCGAAAUCAUGCCAGACUACGCCAAGAAUUUGGUCAUUGGUUUCGCAAGAAUGAACGGACGUACCGUCGGAAUCGUUGGAAACAACCCGAAGUUUGCUGCUGGAUGUCUCGACAUCAACUCGUCUGUGAAGGGAGCUCGCUUCGUUCGCUUCUGUGAUGCCUUCAACAUUCCACUCAUCACUUUGGUCGACGUUCCCGGAUUCUUGCCAGGAACUUCCCAAGAGUACGGAGGUAUCAUUCGUCACGGAGCCAAGCUUCUCUACGCUUUCGCUGAAGCCACCGUCCCAAAGAUCACCAUCAUCACCCGUAAGGCCUUCGGAGGUGCCUAUGAUGUCAUGUCAUCCAAGCAUCUUCGUGGAGAUAUCAACUACGCCUGGCCAACUGCUGAGGUUGCUGUCAUGGGAGCCAAGGGAGCUGUCUCCAUCCUUUUCCGUAACGAUAAGGAGCACGCCGUCCAACACGAGGAGGAGUACACCGAGUUGUUCAGCAACCCCUUCCCAGCUGCUGUCAGAGGAUUCGUUGACGACAUCAUUGUCCCAUCGGAGACCAGAAAGAAGGUGUGCGAGGACUUGAACAUGCUCGAGAGCAAGAAGUUGAAGAACCCAUGGAAGAAGCACGGAAACAUUCCACUCUAA